AUGGGAGCUUCGCCAGAAACAAAGGAAAAUGAAGUUAAUGAUGGGAGUAAACCAGAAAGAGUUGACCUUGAUGAUGUUUUGGUCAACGAAUUGGGACAGUUUGGUCCCUUCCAAUUGCGAUACAUGAUCCUUGUCGCUAUCCCCAUCAUCAUGUCAGCGUUUAUGAGUGAAUAUAUAUUCUCAGCGGCUGCCAUUCCUCACAGAUGUCGCGUGAACGAAUGUGGAGAAGACAGUAAACUCGUUGACACAUUUGAACCUGAUUGGAUCACAAACGCGAUCCCAGAAACUAGUUCGGGGUUAUCCAGCUGUUCUCGGUUCAGACCUCGCAAUAACAUCGUCAAUGGCAGCUUGGAUUACUGCCCUGCAACUCUGUUUGAUCAGUCGGUGUCUGUCGAUUGUGAUGCUUUUGUCUAUGCGAGAGAUAACUCCGUUGUUUAUGAUUUUGACCUUGGCUGUCAGGAAUGGCUAAGAGUACUCGCCGGAACGCUCAACAGCGUGGGAACUCUUCUAGUUCUCCCUAUAACUGGCUACAUCUCCGAUAGAUUCGGCCGAAGGGUCGCGUUAGUUAUUAGCGUCUUCAACUUGGCUCUCAUCGGUCUCAUCAGAGCCUUCUCUGUAAACUACAACAUGUACCUGGCUUUGCAAAUCUUGCAGACUACAUUGGGCGCAGGAACCUUUAGUUCUGCAUAUGUUUUCGCUGCUGAACUUGUGGGACCAAAGUAUAGAGUGCUUGCCAGCGCCACGUCCUCAUCCAUGUUUGCGGUAGGCCAAGUGAUUCUGGGAGGAGUCGCCUGGCUCAUCCAACCAUGGAGAUACUUGAUCAUGGCACUUCAUAUACCCUGUUUUUUGAUCAUAUCCUAUUACUGGAUACUGUCCGAGAGCAUACGAUGGCUCUUAUCGAAACAAAGGUUUAUGGAAGCUAGGCAGAUUUUGGAGAAAAUUGCAAGAGUAAAUAAGAAACAGAUAAGUGAGAAGUCAAUGGAGGGAUUGCUGACUCCGCCUCUUGUUACUGAGAAAACGAUAGAGGCAAAUCAACGUGGCCUCGUGAGUACCAUCGUCAAGUCUCCCAUUUUACUGCGACGAGUGUGCACUACGCCAAUCUGGUGGAUCACCACGACGUUCGUCUACUAUGGUCUCUCAAUCAACUCUACUAGCCUCUCCGACACCAUGUACCUUAACUACAUAUUGACCUGUGCCAUCGAAAUUCCUGGUUUCUACACCGCUGUCUUCAUUUUGGACAGAAUUGGAAGAAAACCUACGCUCUCCGGCGGUUUCUUCUUCAGCGCAAUUUGCAAUAUUGCCUUCGUAUUCAUUCCUGCUGAUUUGAACGUGCUCCGCCUGAUCGUGUACUUGGCCGGCAAGUUCGGCAUUUCCCUCGUGUUUACGUCUCUCUACCUCUUCACAUCCGAGCUGUAUCCGACCGAGUUCCGUCACACGUUGCUCGCUUUCUCCUCUAUGAUCGGAAGAAUUGGAUCUAUUACAGCGCCACUUACUCCAGUACUUAUGGACUACUGGCACGGUAUUCCCUCCAUGAUGUUUGGAGGUAUGGCCAUCAUCUCCGGUAUACUGGUGCUCACUCAGCCGGAGACUCUGGGCACCAAGAUGCCGGACACCCUCGCAGAGGCGGAGGCCCUCGGACGCAAGUGAUCUAGCUCUCUCGACAGUGCAUCCUCUGUGAGGAGUGUGUGUGAGAGACAGUGUAAAUACUUAAGUUAAGGCAAUAAUUUAUUUCAUUAAAGAGAAGAAGGAAAUAUUAAAUGAUUGGAGUAUUGUGCAGUAGAUAGACAGUUGACCAACUGAUGCAGGUCCAUGGAAUUGUAUGGACAUCAAAUUUUACUAAGGCUCGGUUUAUGUUUAAUGAUGGUGUCUUUCAUAGCAAAGUUGACAUUCAUAUUUCCACAAAUUAAUCUGACGUUUAACCGAGUUUUAAUUUAUAACAGAACACAUAUAACAGCUGUGAAACCAGUCAUGAUGUAAGAUAUUGUGUCUAUUGUAUUUGGAAAGGCGUAGU